GCCUAAUUAGUUUUAAACAGGGGCACCGCGUGAAGGUUUAGGCCGUGCCGGGUGUUCGCUGUGGUAGCAGAACUCCCCCUCGACUGACAUCCAUCGUCGAGGCCCAGCCUCUAUGACUUCGUAACAUUGUCUGUUGCAGGCUGUGUCACCUGAUCUCCAAGAGUUGAGUGACGAGCGUUCGUCUAUGCUACGCUUUGUCCCUUCCUUUCAGAGGCAACUACGGAAUCGAUUAGUUGCCAAUUCUCAACGCGCGUUGUUUAUCUCCUGCACGCGUCCUGCUCCACUCAGACGGCCCCUCAGAAGCCCCGUACCAUCCCGCAGGGGCAUUCUCACCUCCGCAACGACUAUGCCACGGUCUCAAAACGAAAUGAAGACGUCAUUGGGAUCGUUCGAUCUUUUGCAACGCAUCAAAGUAGAUAAUUCUGAAGUGGUUAUAUCAAGAUGGCAAAGUCGUGAGAGUGGAUUGACCGUUGUCCAUGUUGAUUAUGACGCUCCAAUCGUGAAAGGAUAUUUUGUCGUUCCUACAGAAAUCUUCAACGACAGUGGCUGCCCGCACACCUUAGAGCAUUUAGUUUUCCUUGGGUCUGAGAAAUACCCAUAUAAAGGAGUCCUAGACAAUCUGGCGAAUCGAGCAUUUGCAGCCGGUACAAAUGCAUGGACAGAUACGGACCACACAGCCUACACCAUCGAAACAGCGGGGGAGCAAGGAUUCCUCCAGCUGCUCCCCGUAUUUGUGGAUCACAUAUUGUACCCCACACUCGCCGAUAGUGGGUUUGUGACUGAGGUGCAUCACAUCAACCACAAGGGCGAGGAUGCUGGAGUUGUUUAUAGUGAGAUGCAGGGCCGAGAAAACACACCGGGGGACCUCGCAGCUUUGCGGCAACAGCGCUUAUUUUACCCCUCCGGGAGUGCGUACCGGAGCGAGACUGGCGGUUUGAUGGAGGCUCUCAGGAAGCUGACGAUUGACGAGAUUCGAAACUAUCAUGCUUCAUAUUAUGUGCCGCAUAAUUUAUGCCUAAUUGUUUCCGGAAAACUCUCGACGGAAGCUCUCCUUGGUACUGUUCAUCGGGAAGUGGAGCCGAGAAUCAAGGCGCACAACCAGGCAAAUGGGCCCCGUCCUGCUGGAUGGAAGCGUCCCUUCAUGGAAACCCCCAGCAUCCAAGUCGCCAAGAUGCCGGAGACUUUGAAGGAUGUAGUAGAAUUUCCAGAAAGCGACGAAUCAAUCGGUGAACUGCAAUUAAGUUUUGUAGGACCAACGGUGCACGAGCACGGUGACCAUAGAUAUCUGAUGGACAAAGCCAUCGAUGUCCUAGGGGUCUAUUUGACCGAAUCGGCUGUUGCACCUCUAACGAAGCAGUUCGUUGAAAUCGAAUCCCCCUUAUGCACAUACAUCUCUUUUUAUGAGAGUGCUAAGGCGUCCUUUACCACGCUUGACGUCCAUUUUGGUGCUGUCCCGACUGAAGAACUCGAUCUGUUGGCUGGAAAGUUUAAGUCUGCUCUUGAAUGCAUCGUCAGGGAUGGCUUUGAUAUGAACCGUAUUCGUCUUGUUCUGAAGAAGGAACGGCUGAGGGUAUCAAGUUCGCUAGAAUCAAGCGGGGGCGACUACUUCACAAACUCGAUAAUUAACGACUUCUUGUACGGGGACGCAAAUGGCCAAGACUUGGGACCCUUGGUCGCUGAGUUUGGCCGCUUAAAGCAUCUGUCAGAGUGGACCAACCAAGAUUGGGUGAAUGUAUUAGAAAAAUUUUAUAUCAAGAACAACCCCGUUGUGAUCCAGUCAAAACCAUCGGCGAAACUUCAAGAGAUUUUAGAAGCGACAGAGAAGGCGAGAGUCCAAAAGCAGCGAGAAAAGCUUGGUCCUGUUGGCCUGGAGAAAUUGAAGAAAAUCUUGGAGGACGCGAAGACGGAGCAUGAUCGACCAAUCCCUUCUGAGGUCCUUACCAGCUUCCCUGUUCCGGACGUCAGCACUAUUUCCUGGAUACCAGUUGACAGUGCACGCAACGAAUCAGGGAAGGUCACCUCGCGUGGCAGGCCGCCAAACGCCGCUUCGACUAGUGUAGAAGAUUACUUGACUAAAGAUCCUGCGUCUGUACCAUAUUUCAUCCAGUUCGAUCAUGUCAAAUCCCAUUUCAUUACUGUAUCGGCAUAUUUAUCCACUGCUAAAGUUCCCCCCCAACUGAAACCGUACAUAUCCGCUUACCUUUCAUCUUUUUUCAUGCUUCCCAUUAUUCGUUCGGACGGUACUCGGGUUUCGCAUGAGGAAGUUGUCCGACAAUUAGAGGAUGACACAGUUUCCUACGGUAUAUCGCUCGGCUAUGAGGGAUACUUCCAAGAGUUGGUUCGAUGUUCGAUUAAGCUGGAGACGUCUCAGUAUUCGACUGGAAUUGCAUGGUUGCGUGACCUGCUCUUCUGCUCUGAGUAUGAUGUUGAAAGAUUAACGGUUAUAGCUGCGAAGUUACAGCAAAACCUUCCGGAGAUGAAACGAGACGGAAACACUGUUGUUGGCUCCGUAUACGGACAGCUUCUUUUUGACGAAACAUCAACCUUGCAAGCAAGCGCCUUGUUGGCACAGCUUGAUUUCUCACCCAAAUUGUCGCAACUCCUCAAAACGGAUCCCAAGAGGGUAGUGCAAGAUCUUCAAGAGCUCAGGAGUUAUUUAACUGAUCCAUCCGCCCUGAGAUUCUCAGUUGCCGGAAAUGUGUUGGCUUUGGAAAAGCCGCGUUCUGCAUGGAUGCAAUAUUUCAAAGAGUUACCCAAUGUCGUGCUGGAACCCGUCCCCUGGGCAUCGCAAAAUUUAAGCGACAUAGGAAAAAAACCGGUGCGGCAGGGUAUAGUCGUUUCGUUGGCGACUAUUGAGUCAAGUUUCGCCCUGCACACCACAAAGUCGAUAUCAGGCUUCGGUCACCCAGAACAUCCCGCUCUGCGGCUUGCCUGUGAAGUGCUCGAUGGAGCGGAGAGCUACCUUUGGAAAUUCAUCCGUGGUUCCGGCUUAGCCUAUGGUGCUAACCUAUCACUCGAUUCAGAGGCCGGCUUACUAUCACUGCAGUUAUACAGAUGUCCGAACAGUUUCCAGGCCUUUGAGGAGGCUGCUAAGGUCGUCAAAGGGCUUGCGGAUGGCUCGGUGGCAAUAGAAGAUACGACCAUAGAUGCUGCUAAGAGCAGUAUUGCCUAUGACAUCGCUCAAUCUCUCAGCACCCCUAAAAAAGCUACUACUUCAUCGUUCGUUAACCAAGUUCUUCGUGAUGUGCCGCAAGACUUUGGACAACUGUUCUUACAACAGAUCCGGGGGGUAACAAAAGAGGAGGUGCAAGAAUCAAUCAGGAAAUACAUCCUACCGUUGUUUGACGCUUCCUCGUCCGUGGCCGUGGUCGUCAGUGCACCAAGUAAAGCUGGAGAGAUCAAAGACAGUCUUACAGCACUCGGAUAUGAAGUUGAAGCAAGAACUUUAGAUGUACGACAAGAAGAUCUAGAUGCUAUGGAGGUGGACGAGAGCGGGAGCGAGAUCGAUAGCGACAGUGAAAAUGGGAGUGACAGCAAUGACGGCAUGGAACCGCACCGUUAGUGUUUAUGGCAUGGCCGCAGUAACAUGCUCGGGGUUACGUAUGACGCUAUGAGAGGCCUCUGUCAGCUUUCCAAUUCUCCACCCACUGAACCAUGCGAGCAACAUUGCUUUCGACGUCCUCCGGCUCUUCACUCUGUAAAACGACCACAAUUUCUUCUGCAUAAGAUUCCCGAGCUUCCUCGAGUACGGUGCACAUUAUUUCGCAUUCGUUGUUCUCUUGAAUCUUUUUCAGUGGAUAGUU